AGAAAAAACCAUGGCUUUGGUUCCCACUCGUUUAGACUCAUUUCACAGCUCAGUUUACAAGCUCCAUAUUUUCAGGUAUUGUUCUUAUAAUCCUUUCAAGAAACACAAAGUUAUUGCAAAUUAUGAAAAUAAUUCCAACCGUAACAAAUCCAAACUUGUUCUUAAAAACAAUAAAAAUGAAAUCUUGGAAUCAAAAAGUAAUAAACAUAAUAAUGGUUGGUUAGACAAAUGGGAUGAUACCCAGAAGCAACAAUGGCCUAAAAAGGCUGAAAAAUCAUUACUUUAUGAAAAUAGUUAUGAUAAUGAUAUUGUAGAUGAUAGUCGUGGUAGUAGUACAAUGGAUAAGAUUGUGAAGAAAUUAAAGAAAUUUGGGUAUGUUGAUAAUGAUGAUGAUAAUGUUAAAGAUGAUAAGAAGAGGGAUAUUGAAAAGGGGUCAAUUGAGGAUAUAUUUUAUGUUGAAGAAGGGGUUUUACCGAAUUCAAGAGGCGGGUUUUCUCCCGAGUCGCCUCUUGGUGUUGAAAAUGUGUUUAGGGGUAGUAAUGGGGAAGUGAGAUUUCCAUGGGAGAAACCUUCACCUGACGAUGAUGAAAAGAGGAAUUCGGUGAAGCUGAAAAGUAAAACUUGUGUGGCUGAAUUGACACUUCCUGAAUCUGAGUUGAGGAGGUUGAGGAAUUUAGCGUUUCGGUUGAAGAAUAAGAUGAGGAUUACGGGUGCUGGUGUUACUCGAGAAAUGGUGGCUUUGAUUAAGGAUAAAUGGAAAUCAGCAGAAGUUGUGAAGCUGAAAGUCGAAGGAUCUGGUGCACUUAAUAUGAGACGGACACACGAGAUAUUAGAGAUGAGAACCGGGGGGUUGGUGAUUUGGAGGUCUGGAAGUACUAUUGCUCUCUAUAGGGGCGUUGGAUACCAAGAUCCAUCUUUAAAACAAAGACAACAUGAAUAUAACAAGCAAAUAUCCAAAAAUUCAUCUGUUUCUGAUGCUGAUACUACAACUGGCUCAAUUAAUGAUUUACAAGUGCACGAGCUCGAAGCUGGAAGUACUGGAACAAAAGAAGAACUGAAUUAUGAAAAAGAAGUGGACAAGCUCCUAGAAGGGUUGGGACCGAGGUACACAGAUUGGCCUGGAUGUGACCCAUUGCCCGUGGAUGCAGAUUUACUCCCAGGAACAAUCCAAGGCUACCAGCCACCAUUCAGAAUACUUCCAUAUGGAAUAAAGGCUACACUUGCGGGAAAGGAGGCUACUAAUUUAAGAAGGCUAGCAAGAUUCCUUCCUCCACAUUUCGCUUUGGGUAGAAGUAGACAGCAUCAAGGUUUGGCAGAAGCAAUUAUUAAAUUGUGGGAAAAGAGUUCGAUUGCAAAGGUUGCAUUAAAACGUGGUGUCCAACUAACGACUAGCGAGAGAAUGGCUGAAGAUAUCAAGAAAUUGACUGGGGGCAUACUUCUCUCUAGAAACAAAGACUAUUUGGUGUUCUACAGAGGAAAAAAUUUCUUGUCAACGGAUGUUUCAGAAGUGUUACUAGAAAAAGAAAGACUGGCAAAAUCUUUACAAGAUGAUGAAGAGCAAGCUCGUUUGAGAGCAUCAACUUUUAUCACACCGAGAGUUGAAACAGAAGGGCAUUCGGGAUCCGCUGGUACACUUGGAGAAACUCUUGAUGCAAAUGCCAGGUGGGCGAAAAGAAUGGAUGAUGUUCACGAGCAGAAAGUGCUUCAAGAAGUAGAAACACAUAGACAGGCAGACCUUAUUAGAAAGCUCGAAAGAAAGCUUCGUAUUGCUGAUAGAAAACUAAUGAAAGCUGAACGUGCCUUGUCUAAAGUGGAAGCAUUUCUGGAUCCAGCAGAUCGUCCAGCAGAUCCAGACAGUAUCACUGACGAGGAAAGAUUUAUGUUUCGGAAGCUAGGUUUAAGGAUGAAAGCUUUCUUGCUCCUUGGUCGUCGUGGGGUGUUUGAUGGUACAGUGGAGAAUAUGCAUCUUCAUUGGAAGUAUCGGGAGCUGGUUAAGAUCAUUAUAAAGACGGCAAACUUUCAGGAGGUUAAAGAUAUAGCACUAUCGCUUGAAUCUGAAAGUGGUGGUGUAUUAGUGUCGGUUGAUAAAGUUUCAAAGGGAUAUGCAAUUAUUGUUUAUCGUGGAAAGGAUUACAAACGACCUCCUGCUUUAAGACCGAAGAAUUUAUUGACAAAGAGGAAGGCUUUGGCGCGUUCUAUUGAGCUUCAACGCAGUGAGGCUCUUCAGAAACAUAUUUCGACCCUGCAUACCAGAAUGAACAAAUUGAGAUCUGAAAUUGAGCAAAUUUCAACUAACAAAGAGGUAGUUGAUGAGGAGCUAUAUGACAGGUUAAAUGCAACAUAUUCCACCGAAGACGAGGAUAGUGAGGAGGAAGGGGAAGACAUCUACCUGGAUACGUACGACAGUGGAAGUGAUGAAGAAAAUGAAAAUGAUUAUACUUCUCAUUUGGAAGAUUCAGGAACAGAUAUUGUGGAUCACGAGAUCAUCAAUUAGUCGUUUUUGGUGCAUCAUAUGAAAGAGUCUAAGGAAACAAAAGAUUGAUUUGGUCUGCUUACUGACAGUCUUAUUAAUCUUCCAUUAACCUUUUUGAUGAUAUCAUUGUAAGUUGUUAGGUUAGUUAAAAGAAUGUGGCUGUGUACAGUUACUUGAUGUAUUACAAAUUACGGUAUAAUUUAACCUUUAAUUUUAUAUAGUAUUAAGUACAAUAAUUAGUUCGUAAAUA